AUGAGUAAUACUUUUAAGUCUGCAGGCAAUACUCUUGCCAAAGGAAAUGACUUAGGUUAAACCAACCAAAGUUUCGGCGGCUCUCAAAAUCCUGCCUCAUUGAAAGGUAAAUUGAUGAGUUUGGAAGAAACAAUCAAAGGCAUUCAAGAUGAGAUGAAUUUUCACAAGAAAGAAGUCUAAAUACUCAAAUCAGAAAAAGAUACCUUAGAGUCUGUUUUGAGUAUGAAAACUCAAGAUGUCAAAAAGACUCUUACCAAUGAACUUAUGAGAAUCGAAGAGGAAAUGAAAAGACACUUUGCACAUCAAAAGGCUGAGAAUUCAAGAUUAUAAUAGUAGAUAACAGCAUUAAAAGGAGAAAAGACUGCUCUCCAAUAAUAAUUAUUAGGAUUAUAGAGAAGGAUAGCAGAGUUAGAAUUGUAGGUUGGUUAAGAAUAAGCAUGAAUAGUAAUAUAACCCUAAAAUUUAAUCAUAAUUAAAUUUUGUUAUCUU